UAGAAUUUGUUAACACAAAAUUAAUAAAAAUUUCCGAAAAUAAAAACAAGAAAAAAAGAAAAAGGCACAGACAAAAACAAAAAGAUCUGAAAAAACGGAGGCGCGGUAAUGUGUGCCCUCAACGCAGCACAAGUCGGGGCGAAGACGAAGAGCGACAGUCACCCUACGGCGCCGUUUCAUCACCGGCAUCGGUUCCCCCAUCUCCGCUGCUGUUCAUAAACCCUAAUUUUGCCGGAUUCCGUGCCGAAACUCGCCGCAUUCAGUUGUUGUGGUUCUCAGUUUUUGAUCAAUGAGAAUUAAGUUGGAAUUUUGAGAAUCUCGACGAAUCGGAGUUGGAUUUCGAGCAAUGGAGUCGUUGGUGGAGCUCUGCGAUUUAAUCGCGCAGAAUCCGGCUCAAUUUCGUAAUAAGAUAGCGUGGAUUUGCAGCCGCUGCCCGCCGGCGGAGUCGCUGAUGAUGGGAUCGCCGACGGUUUCCAGGUCUCAACUCCAUGCGAUACUCGCGGUCGCGCGAUUCCUCUCGAAAUGCCCCAAUUCGGAACACGAAACCCCCAAGUCGCUGAUUCUCGCGUUUUACCGCUCAAUUCCUUUGACCUUUAAUCCCAAAUUCUGGCCGCAGGCGUUUUCUCCCGAGGCGGUUUCUUCGUUCUUCAACGAUUUCAUGAGUUACAUUUCGAAUGCGGCCGAACUAUCCCCUGAUUUUUCUACCGAUGUUGCGGGAUUCACGGGGGAAAUUGUAAUUCAGACGAUAACGAAUGCUGAUUCAAGCAUAUCUAGGGUUUUCUUGAAUGCUCUGUGUUCGAAUUUCCCUCCGAUCAUGCUCGCCGAUGCCAAUAAAUUGAUAUCCGUUCUUCUUGACCGAUUUGAUGUUGGGGUUCCCAUUUUAUCAAAGGACGGAAUUUUGACUCCUGAUGCGGGUUCGGCGCAGGGCUCUCCGUUGAGUGGGAACUAUUAUCAGUCCCCUAAUGUCUCUGCAGAUUCGUCAAGCAGCGCAGCGUCGAAGGAUGGUAUUGUGGCGAAUGGGGGGGACAGCGUUUCUUGGAAAAGCAAUGGGGAUUUAUCUGCUGCCGCAGCUUAUAAGAGGAACAUAAAAUUCUUUGAGGACGAGCCAGUGGAGAGUCUUGAAAAACAUGAAAUUGUUUUCAAGUUGAUUGGACAUGUAUUCAGUAAGGUGGCUAUUGAUCCCCACCUCACGGAGCAAGUGAGAGGAAUAGCAAAGAGUCAACUUAGCUCAAUGGCUGAUUUCUUGAAGAUACGAAAGCGUGAUUGGUCGGAGCAGGGGCAGUUGCUGAAAGUCAGGAUUAACAGAAAGCUGUCAGUGUAUCAAGCGGCUGCAAUGCUGCAAAUCAAAACUCUGGCAUCUCUUGACACAGAAGGAAAGUCUUCAAAAAAAUUGUUGCAUGGAGCUCUUGCAUCGUUAAUCGAGGCUGCAGAGGCGUGCUUGUUCUCGGUGUGGCGUAAAUUGAGAGCUUGUGAAGAGCUCUUUGGCUGUUUACUUUCGGGCAUCUCUCAAGCUGCUGUUAUUCGUGGAGGUCAGCUCCUCCGAGUUCUGCUAAUUCGUUUUAAACCCCUUGUGCUGGCUACUUGUGCUCAGGCCGAUACUUCAGCCAGCAGUCAAGGAUUUAUGUUCAAAAGUGUCUUGAAAACAUGCUGUGAGUUAAUUGAAUUUGGUUGGUCCAGGGAUCGGGCUCCCUUGGAUACCUUUAUCAUGGGACUGGCAACAAGUAUUCGUGAACGAAAUGAUUACGAGGAAGAGGAUGGAAAAGAGAAACCGGCAGCUCCACCAAUACAGCUGAACAUAAUACAUUUGUUGGCUGAGCUCAAUGUUUCCAUUAAGAAGCAUGAAGUUGUUGACAUGAUACUACCCCUUUUUAUUGAGAGUUUAGAAGAAGGUGAUGCUUCCACUCCAGGCUUAUUGAGGCUUCGACUUCUUGAUGCUGUUUCUCGCAUGGCGAGUUUAGGUUUUGAGAAGUCUUACCGUGAAGCAGUGGUUUUGAUGACUCGGAGCUACAUGGGCAAACUCUCAGAUGUUGGCUCUGCUGAAAGUAAAACGCAGGCACCUGAGGCGACAACAGAACGCAUUGAGACACUACCUGCAGGAUUUUUGUUGAUUGCAAGUGGUAUUACAUGUAAUAAGUUGCGCUCAGAUUACCGACACCGUUUGCUAUCACUUUGCUCAGAUGUUGGCCUGGCGGCAGAGUCCAAAAGUGGAAGGAGUGGAGCAGAUUUUCUUGGACCUCUUCUCCCUGCUGUGGCUGAAAUAUGUUCAGAUUUUGAUCCUUGUGUAGAUAUAGAACCUUCACUCUUAAAGCUAUUUCGUAACUUGUGGUUCUAUAUUGCGCUCUUUGGGUUAGCACCUCCAAUACAGAAAACUGCAGCUACGUCGAAGUCGGUUUCAACUUCACUUAAUAGUGCAGGUAGUGUGGGUACCAUUGCUCUCCAAGCGGUGGGUGGACCAUACAUGUGGAAUUCAUUAUGGUCAGCUGCUGUUCAACGUAUUUCUCAAGGGACCCCACCUCUCGUCGUGAGCUCUGUGAAAUGGCUUGAAGAUGAGUUGGAACUCAAUGCUCUGCACAACCCAGGUAGUCGUCGAGGGAGUGGGAAUGAGAAAGCUGCUGUGACUCAAAGAAGUGCUCUUGCUGCUGCUUUAGGAGGGCGAGUGGAGGUUUCUGCAAUGAGUACAAUUUCAGGUGUCAAAGCAACCUAUCUUUUAGCAGUAGCAUUUCUAGAGAUAAUACGAUUUAGCAGCAAUGGAGGUAUUCUGAAUGGAAGCCCAAAUUCAACUGCCUCUCGAAGUGCCUUCAGCUGUGCCUUUGAAUACCUAAGAAGUCCUAAUCUCAUGCCGGCUGUGUCUCAGUGUUUGACUGCUAUUGUUCAUCGGGCAUUUGAAACAGCAAUAACUUGGCUGGAGGAUAGAGCAUCUGAGACUGGGCCUGAAGCUGAGAUUAGAGAGUCUACUCUCUCGGUCCAUGCCUGUUUUCUCAUAAAAAACUUGUCCCAGAGGGAUGAGCAUGUACGGGAUAUAUCUAUGACUUUGUUAACUCAACUCAGAGAGAGAUUACCUCAGGUAACAUGCACUAUGGUUGUGUCAUCAUCUUUCACUUCAUUUUCUAGCUCACAUUCCAAGAAUACCUGUAAUGGUUUACAUGACUUGCAGAUAUUGUGGAAUUCAUCUUGUUUGGAUGCUCUUCUACUUUCAAUGCAUAAUGACCCACCUUCUGCUGUAGUGAGUGACCCUGCCUAUGUUACCAGUGUCCGCACUUUGUACCAAAAGGUUGUCCGUGAGUGGAUCGUUGUGUCACUUUCACAUGCUCCAUGCACUAGUCAGGGUCUUCUUCAGGAAAACCUUUGCAAAGCUAAUACAUGGCAGAGAACACAGCCAACGGCUGACGUUGUUUCUCUAUUGUCUGAGAUACGGAUAGGCACAGGCAAAAAUGAUUGUUGGAAUGGUCCAAAAACUGCAAAUAUUCCUGCAGUUAUGGCUGCCGCUGCCGCUGCGUCGGGUGGAAACCUGAAGUUGAUGGACGGAUUCAAUUUGGAGGUUCUUGGUACUGGUAUGGUCAGUGCCACAGCAAAGUGUAACCAUGCAGGAGAAAUUGCUGGAAUGAGAAGGUUAUAUGAGAGCAUUGGUGGUCUUGAUCAAUCUACUGGUGGCCUAAAUCUAGAUAAUCCUGAUGGGUCGGCACAGCCACCACAGCCCAAAAAAGAAUCCUUCAAUGAGGUAUUGCUUUCCAAAUUCGUAAGGCUGCUUCAGAAGUUUGUAACUGUUGCGGAGAAAGGGGAAGAAGUAGACAAAUCAUCUUUCCGUGAAACUUGUUCUCAAGCUACUGCAUUGCUUCUUUCCAAUCUGGAUUCAGAUUCAAAAUCAAAUCCCGAGAGCUUUUCUCAACUUCUGCGCCUUCUCUGCUGGUGUCCAGCUUACAUAACAACACUCGAUGCUGUAGAGACUGGUGUGUUUAUCUGGACAUGGCUGGUUUCUGCUGCUCCUCAAUUGGGAUCUGUAGUGCUUGCUGAGCUUGUAGAUGCAUGGUUAUGGACAAUAGACACUAAGCGAGGCCUUUUUGCUUCGGAUAUAAGGUGUUCUGGACCUUCUGCAAAGUUGAGGCCCCAACUUGUUGCUGGAGAGCCCCAGCUGCGGCCGGAGAAGGAUCCGGUUGAACAAGUAAUGGCGCAUAGGCUGUGGCUUGGAUUUUUUAUUGAUCGAUUUGAAGUAGUUCGACAUGAUAGUGUUGAACAGCUUUUGCUACUUGGUCGGAUGUUACAAGGGACAACAAAACUCCCCUGGAAUUUUACUCGACAUCCAAUUGCCUCAGGAACUUUCUUCACUCUUAUGCUUUUCGGCCUGAAAUUUUGUUCAUGCCAAACGCAGGGAAACCUUCAGAACUUCAGAUCAGGGCUUCAGUUGCUGGAAGAUAGAAUAUAUAGAGCCGCCUUAGGGUGGUUUGCUCAUCAGCCAGAGUGGUAUGAUUUGAGAAACAAAUAUUUUGCUCAGAGUGAAGCUCAAUCCGUUUUAGUAUUUGUCCAUCAUCUUUCUAAUGAGCGGGUUGACGCAACACAACAUGAUCUGAAAGCUCGGGGAGUUGAAAAUGGCAGCUCCACAAAUGACACUAAGGAUCACUAUCAUCCUAUCUGGGGUCAGAUGGAUAACUAUGUUGUUGGGCGAGAGAAGCGAAGGCAGUUACUUCUUAUGUUGUGCCAACAUGAAGCUGACAGACUUGAGGUUUGGGCUCAUCCUGUUGGAUCAAAGGAAAGCUCUUCUCGGCUUAAAAUUAGCUCCGACAAAUGGACUGAGUUUGCAAGGAUUGCCUUUACCGUUGAUCCUCGAAUUGCUCUGUCAUUGGGUGCGCGAUUUCCAGCAAAUUCUUCUCUGAAGACUGAAAUCACGCAGCUAGUCCAAUCACAUAUAACGGAGAUUCGCAGUAUUCCUGAAGCUUUGCCUUAUUUUAUAACCCCCAAAGCCGUGGAUGACAAUUCAACACUUUUGCAACAAUUACCGCACUGGGCAGCUUGUUCCAUUACACAAGCUCUGGAGUUCCUUACCCCAGCAUAUAAAGGCCACCCUCGAGUCAUGGCUUAUGUUCUCAGGGUGUUGGAAUCUUAUCCUCCUGAUAGAGUGACAUUCUUCAUGCCUCAGCUGGUGCAGGCACUAAGACAUGAUGAGGGGAAGUUGGUUGAGGGUUACCUUCUUAGAGCUGCCCAGCGAAGUGACAUCUUUGCCCACAUUUUGAUAUGGCACUUACAGGGUGAGACCUGUGUUCCUGAGGCAGGGGGGAAAGAUGCACCUUUGCCUUCUCCCACGAAUGUUGCCUUUCAAGCUUUGCUUCCAGUAGUUAGAGAAAAAAUAAUUGAUGGUUUCAAUCCGAAAGCACGCGCUAUUUUUCAAAGAGAAUUUGAUUUCUUUGACAAGGUUACGUCUAUAUCCGGUGUCCUCUUUCCACUUCCAAAGGAGGAAAGGCGAGCUGGCAUAAGAAAAGAAUUGGAGAAAAUUCAAGUUGAUGGAGACGACCUCUACCUACCUACUGCUCCCGGUAAACUUGUAAGGGGUAUUCAGGUUGAUAGUGGAAUACCUUUGCAGUCAGCAGCAAAAGUUCCUAUAAUGAUUACAUUCAAUGUCAUGGACCGGAAUGGGGAUCCUAAUGAUAUAAAGCCGCAAGCUUGUAUUUUCAAGGUUGGAGAUGAUUGCCGUCAAGAUGUACUUGCUUUGCAAGUUAUUUCACUUUUGAAGGACAUCUUUGAAGCUGUUGGUCUUAAUCUCUAUUUGUUUCCUUAUGGAGUGCUCCCAACUGGCGCAGAGAGAGGAAUUAUUGAGGUUGUGCCCAAUUCUCGAAGUAGGAGUCAGAUGGGCGAGACCACUGAUGGUGGUCUAUAUGAGAUAUUUCAACAGGACUUUGGGCCAGUUGGAUCGCCCAGCUUCGAAACUGCUAGGGAGAAUUUUCUCAUCAGCAGUGCCGGAUAUGCAGUUGCUAGUCUCUUGCUUCAACCAAAGGAUAGACAUAAUGGGAAUCUUUUGUUCGACAGUGUAGGCAGGCUUGUUCAUAUUGAUUUUGGUUUUAUUUUGGAAACUUCGCCUGGUGGAAACAUGAGAUUUGAAAGUGCUCACUUCAAACUGAGUCACGAGAUGACUCAACUACUCGACCCAUCAGGGGUGAUGAAAAGUGACACGUGGUACCAAUUCGUAAGCUUGUGUGUAAAGGGUUACCUUGCUGCACGACGCUACAUGGAUGGGAUCUUAAGUACAGUGGCCAUGAUGCUUGACAGCGGUUUGCCUUGCUUCAGCAGAGGUGAUCCUAUUGGAAACCUUCGAAAGAGAUUCCAUCCAGAAAUGAGCGAGCGCGAAGCAGCCAAUUUUAUGAUUCGCAUAUGCACCGAUGCCUACAAUAAGUGGACGACGGCUGGGUACGAUUUGAUUCAGUAUCUCCAGCAAGGCAUUGAGAAAUGAGGAGUUGUAUAAUCUUUGAUCUCUCGUGAUUUUUUUUUUAAGUUUGUAUCUUGUAGCUGGGAAAUGAGGAGUAAACCACGAUAAAUUAGGUGUUAUUUUUUUGGCUGGGGGAUCGAUCACCACUACUUUUUCCUUUUUUUUUCCUUUUUUUUUGUGGUUUCAUUUGGAUUUUUUUCAGAUAGAACUGAGAAACAGAGUGGCUAUGUGUGGUGGGAUCCCUCAUCUUGUAAAAAUAUAGGGUUUAGCUCGAUUUUAUUUGAAAAUAUUCGUCUAAUUUAUUUCGCAGAAAUAGGAGUUGGGAGUGCAACUUAUUUGAGGGGUAUUAUGUGAAUAUGUGAUUUCCUUGUAUGAAUGUUUUGUUUUUGGGUAA